AUUUGCUUCACUGCUUGUACUCAUUAUGUUGACCCGUGGAUAUGGCAAAACUGUAUAAGUUAAAUGGAAAAAAUUAGUGUUGUCUAUGUGCAUGUUCUAGUUCAAAGACCUCUUGAAAAUUGUACUAGUGAGAGACCACAACUUCCGCAGUUUUUGCUAGACCACAAUAUUUUUCUCCACCAGUAG